AUGGAACCCGGCCCGCGCAUCCUCUUCAUCGACGCCUACGACUCCUUCGCGCACAAUAUCGUCGCGCUGCUGCAGGACAAGCUCGACGCGACUGUCACGACUAUCCAUAUCGACGAUGCGCGCUACCUGCAGGCGGCCAACCCCAUAGAGGCCGCGGAUCGCGCACCCACCCCCGCCUUCCUCGCCCUCCUCUCAACCUUCGACGCCGCCAUCGCCGGCCCCGGCCCCGGCAACCCCCUCGACGCUUCCUCCGUCGGGCUCAUCGCCGCGCUCUGGCAGCUCCCAGACGCCGCGCUCCUGCCCGUGCUCGGCAUCUGCCUGGGCAUGCAAAGCCUGGGCGCCGCUUUCGGGGGCCAGGUAACGCGGCUCCGCGAGCCGCGCCACGGCGUCGUAACCUACCUGUCGCACACGCGGCAGGGCGUGUUCCGCGGCGUGGGCGAGGUGAGCGCGGUGCUGUACCAUUCGCUAAGAGUGGAGUUUCCGCCCGAGGAAGUAGAGGGGGAGGGGGAGGAAGUGCUGGGCUUGUGGGGCCGGAGAGGCGACUUGCUCCCGCUGGCGUACGAUACCGCUGUUCCGGCUAAUGGCCCCGUUCUGCAGGCUGUGGCGCAUGCGGCUAAACCCUUCACUGGCCUCCAGUACCAUCCCGAAUCCAUCUGCACGUCGCCCGCCGGCGCGCAGGUCGUGCGCAACUGGUGGGCGGGCGCGAAGGCGUGGCUGGAGGCGCGGGGGCGCGCGCCUGGGGCUGUGGCGACACAGACGCAGACACAAAUACAAACGCAGACGCUACCGCAGCAGCAGCAGCGCCAGCGCGCCUCCUCCUACGGCGAGGACAUGCCCGCGCGCAUCGCGCACGUCCGCGUGCCAGGCACACACAAUACUGCCGCCAUAAGCGCAUUACUCAACGUCGGCGGUAGUGAGAGCGCAGAAGCCGUCAUCCUGGAAUCAGGCACCGACGCCUCAACAGGGCGGCCCGUGCGCGCAGAGACGGGCAACAAAAGCAUCGUCGCGGUGUUUGAACCUGAGCGGCCGCCGCUGCGCGUGGUUUACUUCACCGAGGGGCGCGUUCUGGAGCUGUGGGCGGGGAGGGGGCGGGUUUGGCGGGGCGAGGGCGUCGACGUCGUGAAAGAGAGGGAUGAAAAUGGAGUAAACGACGUCGCGGUAGGCUCUGGCCCAGCGGAGAGCCCGUUCUGGGGCGGCCUGGUCGGCUGGGUGGGCUAUGAAGCCGGACUGCAGACGAUCGAGGUGCAGCCCUCCAAGGCUGGCGCUGCUGCUGCUGCUGCUGGUCCUGAUGCGCAGCGCCGCCCGGACAUGGCGUGGGUGUUUGUGAGCCGCAGCGUUGUCGUCGAUCAUGUGGGGGGCGGGGCGUAUGUGCAGAGUUGGGAGGAAACCGAAGCACGCGAAAAAGCCUGGGUAGCGAGGACAGCGGCGCGGCUGUCGGAGCUGGCGAAGAAAGAGGGCGCGGGGGCGCAGGAGAAAGAGAAAGAGAAGGAGAAGGAAGAGCAAGAGCAAGAACAAGAGCUGGAUGCCCGCCUCCGCGCCGCUGUGCGCCACACCCCGGCCCAAGCAGGCUAUGAGGACGCGGUGCGGCACUGCCAGGAGUCGAUCCGGGCGGGGGACUCGUACGAGUUGUGCUUGACGGCGCAGACGCGGGUGCUGGUGCCGCGGUCCACUGCCUCCGCCGCCGCCACCUCCCACACGCUCUACAGCCGCCUCCGCACCCUCAACCCCGCCCCCUUCAGCGCAUACCUGCGCCUCAGCGGCGCACACAUCAUAAGCAGCAGCCCGGAGCGCUUCCUACGCUGGACACGGCGCGGGACGUGCCAGUACCGGCCGAUCAAAGGUACGGUCAAAAAAUCCGCGGACAUGACGCGGGAGAAGGCCGAGGCGCUGCUGAAGGCGCCCAAGGAGCAGGCAGAGAACCUCAUGAUUGUCGACUUGGUGCGGCAUGAUCUGCACGGCGUGGUUGGGGCAGGGAAUGUAAGGGUGACGAAGCUGAUGGGCGUCGAGGAGUACGAGACUGUGUGGCAGCUGGUUAGCGUCGUUGAGGGGGAUCUGGGGGGUGCAAAAGCGGGCAUCUCCAUCCUCGCCGCCUCUCUCCCCCCGGGCAGCAUGACCGGCGCGCCCAAAAAACGCUCCUGCGAACUGCUGACUGCCAUCGAGGACUCCGUGCCCCGCGGCGUCUACAGCGGCGUUUUGGGCUACCUGGACGUCGGCGGCGGGGGGGACUUCUCUGUCGUUAUAAGGAGCGGCGGCGUGAACGGCGGCGGGAGUGGUAGUGUAAACGCUGUCUCCGACUCCGACUACGACGUCUGGACCGUCGGCGCUGGCGGCGCAGUCACGGCGCAGAGCGACCCGCGCGCGGAAUACGAGGAGAUGGUCACGAAGCUGGAGAGUACGCUGCGCGUGUUCGAGGCUAGGUAG